AGGAGGAAGAGAUGGUUCAGAUCACUGCAGGCUGUAGUCGGAGCAUUGGAUGGUGGAGCAGUGAGACGUUAAGGACAGCAGCUGAUGGAGCAGAGCUACGGGGAGGUGAACCAGCUCGGCGGGAUGUUCGUUAACGGCCGGCCGCUGCCUAACCCGGUGCGGCUGCGCAUCGUGGAGCUCGCGCAGCUCGGCAUGCGGCCCUGCGACAUCAGCCGCCAGCUGCGCGUGUCCCACGGCUGCGUGUCCAAGAUCCUGGCCCGCUACAACGACACCGGCUCCAUCCUGCCCGGAGCCAUCGGCGGCAGCAAACCCCGGGUUACCACCCCCGCCGUGGUCAAGAGAAUCCGGGACUACAAGCAGGGAGACCCGGGCAUCUUCGCCUGGGAGAUCCGGGACCGGCUGCUGUCGGACGGCGUUUGUGACAAGUACAACGUGCCGUCUGUGAGCUCCAUCAGCCGGAUACUCAGGAAUAAAAUCGGGACUCUUUCACAGCCGCAUGAGAGCAGCAAACCGGCUCAGACUCAGCUCCAGUACGGACACAUGUACCCGUACUCCUCCUACAGCGGGCCCGCGGUGACCCCCACCGGGACCAGGACCGGCAGCGGCCCCGCAGGACACGUCGGUCUGCCGCGGAGCUGGCACAACAUUCUGGCCUUCAUGGACCCCGCAGCACUACGUGGAUCUGAUGGACAUGCAGCCAAAAUGGAGGAUUGGACCAGUAUGACCAGUAUGACCAGCAGCAGACCGUUUCCCUCUGGAGUCAGUGGAGCGGAGAAAACCAACAAUGAGCCGGACCUUAAAUUCCAACAGCAGUCUUCUGGUUAUGUCUCAGCUUGUGCGUAUUCCCCACCAAACCAGUAUGGCAUGUAUGGAGGUCCAGCAGCCAACUACAUGAGCGCUGGUCACCACUGGCCGCCCCAGACUCCCAGUCUCACUCCCAGUCUGACUCACAGUCAGGCUCAUCUCAGCCCUUCAGCUCCACUGGAGGCUGCAGAUUUCCACACAUCCUUCAAACUUCCACAAAGAGAUGAGCUGGGGUGGGGAACCAUCGGCUUCCGGGCCGUGUACGGCCCACGACACCAUUUGAUCCGGCCCGCCACGCAGUUAAAAAAAUAAACAUAAACUCAGGGGAAAAACUUUCGACAGAAAUUACUUUUCUGAGAUAACACUGAUGCAUGUCCGAGUCAGGUUCAGGGUCAGUGAACACAACGCGUGAGGUUGCGUGCCGUCGCGCGAUAAUAUUGGGAAUUGACAAGCGAUAUGUGUCAUGGCGAGUGCCAAGAAAAGGAAGGUGGAUGUCAAGCAUAAUACAUCAAAUAUGCCAUAAUACAUCCAUGGCGUUUUCCAGGAAAAAUGGAUAAACGAGUAUUUCUUUGUCGAAAUAAAAGACAAACCACUUUGCCUAAUUUGUGGCGCUGGCAAGUGAUGAAAAACACAACCUCGAGCGCACUUACAGCUCGACACAUGCUAAACGGGACGAGCUGAACGGACAAAUGCGUUUUGGUAAAAUUGACGCUCGUCGUCAGAGUUGGGGUGUCCAACAAUCAGUUUUGAAAACCACAGACUGACAGAGACAAUGUGAGGAGGACAGGUUUUGUGGUGAGUGAAUUAAUAGCUGAGGAGCUGAAAGCUCAUGCUGAAGGACUUUGUGGAGGAGUGUCAUGUAGGGGAGACCGGGGGCAAUUGUAACAUUUUUUGGUUUUGAUAUCAUUACUCGAAAACUUCUUGAGCUUUUUGCUUACAGUUUUAUGUAGGCAACUUGCAUCCGUGCUCUACUUGCUGACCGCCAUCAUUUGUUUUUCACAAGCAGCAUUAGAGUCACGAUACUGAUUGAAACACAAGAGGACAAAUAUUACAUCUGUCCCCACAUGCGCAGGCGAUUUUAACAACACUUGUAAUACCUUCAUAUAAAAACCAAAGACAAAACUAAACUCCAAAGGAUAUAGAUAUAGUUAUUAUAUUAUAAUACCUAUUGAAAAGUUGAUUGCAGUUUAAUUUAAACUGUAUAAUUAAUAAUAUCAUGCAUGAGAGGUCACUUUGUCUGUUUGCAGGCAGAGAAGGAUGACCACAGUGAUGUUUGAAAAGUGUGUCUUAAGAAGUAUGCUUCAUCUUUUACUGCAAACAGAUUGACCUGUGAGUACAGAUUAAGUACCUUACCACAGAGCACAUAAAGUUCAUGGUACUGUCUCAUUUCCGUUUGGUGUAACUUGAGAUGUUACAAUUGUUCCCUGUAUAAAAUGUGUGAAAUUAAAUGGGGCAAACCAGGUUUUGAAAUUGAGUUUUAAAGCUAAGUGAAUACUACAAACCAAAAGUAAUAGCUGAAAAAUCUGUUGAUUUUCAGCAAUAUUAAGACAGUAAGUUAAGAAAACUUACAAUUAAAAAAACACUGAAUAUAUUGAAAGCGUAAAAAAUUUGCUCAUGGCAAAUUCGGACUAGGGUCCAGAUUGAAAGGCUAAAGAUUUACUAACUGGACUAUACCACAAAUUAUAUAGAGUAGUUACCUACUAGAGUAUACAUAGACCUUUAAAUUGAACACAAACAUUUUUCUUAAAUUAUUAGGUAUAAAAAAAUCUAUAUUGAUGUCUGUGCUUAACAAGGCACCUUUUUACUGGUGUUUGGGGCAAUUGUAACAGAGUGUUACAAUUGCCCCGGUACCACCCAUGACACAAGCUACCCUACAUGCUAGAAGCAAUGAAGCUAAUUUUGACAAAUAAAUCAAAUACAGAUUUAAAUACAAGACCAUUAAAGGUGAAGACAGUAUUAAAAAAAUACUGUCGAUGAAAAAAAAAAAAAAAGGUUUGCACCUCAAAAAAAGAAAAACUGCGACAAGUAUGAGAUAUCAGUUUGUCCUUUGCAGGCAGAGAGGGAUCAUCAUAGACUGUGCAUGACGAGUUUCAUAGUUCUGUCUCAUUUCUGCCUGCUGCACUUUGAGAUGUUAAAAUUGCCCUGUGUAACAAUUGCCCCGGUCUCCCCUACUUGUAAUAAUUGUGAAACUGUGAUAACUGCGGUUUUUCAUACUAUCAAAAUCCAUAAUCGUUUCAUCAUAUGUGUUCAUAAAUUUAGCAUGGCCCUCGGAGGACUUCAUAAAAACUGAAAUGGCCCUUGAUAGGAAAAAGGUUCCCCACCCCUGUUUUAAAGGUACAGCGGACCAGAAAUUAAACAUGAUACUGCUCACAACAAGAUCUGUGGAUUAUCUUGAGUAACCAGGUCAUGAUUUAUGGCAAGAGACAUUGCUGUUGAGUU